AUGAAUUCACUUUUUCUUUUCUCGCAAGCGUUUUUCCUCAACUUCACGAUGGAUUGUGCUUUUCCCCUAUAUCCAACUUCUUCUGACCUUCCCCAUAAGGUGGAACGAAGUCUACUAAUGAAUAAUGUGGGAAGAAAUACAGUUGCCGUUUUUUCUUGUGUAUCUGGCAAGGAAAAUAGAAGUGAAGUGUUGCAGAGACAGAAACGAGAACUAUUUCAAGAUGAUAGCCGAUCAAGAUUCGAUGGACAGCCAUUAAAUUUCAAAGAUAUAGUGUCGGAUGUGUGCAAUGCACAUAUGGACGACGUCAGUUUCCUAGUCUAUUCGAAAGCCAAUGGUAAUUUUGAUCAUGAAUAUAAGUUGCAAAUCCUAUUGGACACAUAUUUUAUUUAUGAGAUUGAGGUUGAAGCGGCGGAACUGAACGAUGUAUUGGAUGUCUUUCAAGAUGAAGCCAGACUGCUAUCUUCUAAGUACAAGAGUGCAAUGGAUGAAUUCAAGCAGUUACUGGCACCAUUUAAAAGAGUCAUAUUCAGAGAAAAUACAAGUGAAAGCAAGAAUGAUACACUGAUACCCGACCUUCGACAGUAUGGUUUGCUUAUACCCAUUCGACUUGAAAAUAAAUGGACUUUGAUUUGGGUCAAAUUCACCAAGUUCCGAAGUUUAUUCGAAAUGUACCAGCUAAGCUCUUCUAUUGGUAAGUCCGACAAGAUCUCUCGUUUUUCGCAAGAGUUGAUCAAAAAAUUGGUUGCAUAUUUGUUGGGGAUUGAAGACACAGAGAGCCUUGUUUACAACUUCACAUUUGUUCAAACCAACCGGGAGAGGAACCCGCAACUGGAUGCUGUGCUGAUCCGUGAUAUGAUCCGUAUUAUCGGAGGUUACCAAGAAGUGGGGUUUAAUGUCACGGUUGAUUUUUCUUACCAUGCCAAUAAUCAAUACGAUGAGUUAACCUCAAAGCCACGUACUAGGACAUUGCCGUUUAUGUCUCUGGAGGAUAUAAAGGAGAUGAACGGUAAAAAAUCCAAGAAAAGGCAGCCCGAAAUAUUACCUACUCCCCCUCAAACACAGGAAUCGAAAAGAAAAACAAUUGAUUCUAAGGUGAAGUCAAAUCCAUCAACUACUUUGAAUUCGACAAAGAGAGGGAAAAACAGUAGUAACGAUCGGGAACACAAGACGAAGGGGAAAUCAGCGUCUAGCGAAACAGGCACCAAUAAGGGCUCAUCAGGGACUUCGUCAGCGGCAUCAUCGAGCAGCUCAAGUGGUCCGAUGAAGGUCGUCGUGACAUUGGACAAUCUUGAAAGUGUUAAAAACACCUUGCCCUAUGACGCAGUGAAGAUGAACGAAUUGGUCAGUCUUUAUACUCGUAUUUACGACAGCGUCGAAGCUAGUUUACUCGAUAAAUGGUCAAGAGUGAAUUUCUUCUCUAAAAACUUCCCCAUGGAAUAUCAAGAGCCACCGUUUUCUAUUUAUGGUCCAUCACAAAUAGAAUAUGAAAUACUGAAAAGUGGCGGUAUUAUUGCGACAAACACCCUGAAAGAAAAGAUCAAAAAGUAUGAUGUUACACUAAAUACUAAAACUAUGAGAUACUUAACCUCAUCGAGGAGAUGGAUUAACCAAAGAUUUAAAUUGGAUCCUAAGUUAAACCAAGUGUUUUAUACUAGAGAUGAAGCAUUGAUUAUACCUGACUACAGGGAUAUUCCAUAUAUUGUCAUGGCAACUCACUUAGCCUAUAAUUGUCUUGGGCCAGAUGAAACAUUCGACAUCACCCACCAAAACUGGUACAUUUCCCGGAAGAUGGUUUCCUUUGUGAUUGAACACUGUGAAAAAUGCCACGGGAAAAAAAAUGCUUGA